AUGUUCAUAGAUAAAAACAACAAGAGAAUACAAGAACACAUACCUCACUUUCGUACCUUUCGUUUUGCAUUGAACAAACCUUACCUAUACGUAAAUUAA